AUGAAACUUUUUGGAACAUUCGUAUCUGUCGUCCUCGCAGCCCCCGCGGUGUAUGAUUACACUGCUCAAUCAACUGCUGGUUCUGUGUGGGAUCAAGGCGUCUGCCAAACUGGAACCGGGCAAAGUCCGAUCGAUGUCGACGAAAGUAACCUCACAACAGUCACGGAGAAGUUCGACAAAUUCACCUUCGUCAACUACGAAAAUCCCCACAAAUGGACUGUCAAAAAUACUGGUCACGGAGUGAAGAUCGUUCCAGACGUCGAAGACAUGACUUUUACCGGAGGAGCAUUCUCUGAGGAAUACAAACUCGCGCAAUUCCACUUUCAUUGGGGACAGGGCGACGGGCAAGGCGGCUACACUGGUGGCUCAGAACACACUUUCAAUGGAAACCACUACUUUUCUGAAGUGCACUUUGUCCAUUACAAAUCUUCCCACAGCGAUUUGUCCGCAGCUGUUGCCAGUGGAAAUCAGGACGACCUGGCUGUUCUCGGUUUUUGGCUUGAGAUUGAUGACAGCAUCGAUGAAGGUCCAUUCGAUUACCUCAUCACCGACAUCGUCGAUGAUAAAGUCCAGGCGUACAACAAUGUCACCGAAACCAAUGAAGUUAUCUUCUGGUCUGCAAAUCAUAUCAUCGAUACCGAUGACGUUGGUUCUUCUUCAUUUUACAGAUACGACGGCGGUCUAACAACGCCUACCUGCAAUGAGAUAGUUACCUGGACGGUUUUCAAAGAUACUAUCAAGAUCAAAGCCGCCACAGCUGCCAAGAUGACCACAUUUUCUAAUGAUAAUCAAGGUGCUUUGGUUAACAACUUCCGGGAAACACAGGACUUGAAUGGACGAGCUGUUAAAUUCUACGACGGAUCGCUCGCUAAGGAUCCAAGCGCGCCAACAUCAACACCGACAACUUCGAACAACACGGAAAAGAAGAGCAAAGUGGACGCGAAGGUCGCUUUCGGAAUGCUGCCAGUUUCGUUCGAAGACCCACUCUCUGGCGAGGUCUCCACCGUCAUGAAGCCUGUCCAGAAAAUUAUCAUGUGUUUUACCAACUCUGAUCUUUGCAUGUUCCAAUAA